AUGAAAGGCGCGAAACCCCCGGCUGAGCUAACUGACCAGACCAAUUUCCUACCAACAAGACAGGUCAUAACCGUCUAUCUCGGUCUGUCAGUGGCGCUGGCGUGCUCCUUCUUAGAACAAACAAUUGUGGCUACCGCUCUCCCUCGCAUAGCUUCUGACCUUCAUUCGGGAUCCGAGAGCUCGUGGGUUCCUACAGCGUAUCUACUUACCAGCCUCGCGUUUACUCCUCUGUAUGGGAGAUGGUCAGACAUCUUCGGGCGCAAGGUUGUGCUACUCGCCGCCCUGGCAGUCUUCUUUAUAUUCUCUCUUGCAUGCGCUUUGGCGCAGACCAUGAUCCAGCUCAUUGUGUUCAGAGCGUUCCAGGGGAUAGGCGGCGGAGGUAAAGUCAUUUUGAAAAUCAUGUUGCAGUCUCCGUCCGUCUCACAUGUCUCGGACAUUGUCUCCUUGAAAGACAGGGGAAAGUAUCAGGGCAUAAAUGAAGCUAUUGCCGCCGUUUCAAACGGUGUAGGUCCGAUUCUCGGGGGCGUGUUUUCGCAAUACACUACAUGGCGAUGGGCAUUUUGGCUCAAUCUUCCCCUUGGCGGCGCGGCCAUUGUAGUAUGUCUAUGGUUAUUACCUCUCAAGAAGGUGCAAGGAGAUAUGAAGUCCAAACUCAUGAAAAUCGAUUAUGUUGGCUCUGGACUGACCAUCCUGAGCUCUAUUCUAUUGCUUGUACAAUCCGGCAGGGGUGGUGUCACCUACCCGUGGUUGUCAGCACAAGUGCUUGUUCCUCUGAUUCUGGGCGUAAUAGUGUUGGCUGGAUUCGUGGUCUGGGAAGCACGAUAUGCGGCUCUGCCUAUUGUGCCCGUCCAUAUCUUCAAAUAUAGAACGGUCAACGGGGUGUACAUCUCGACUCUAUUGAACGGAAUGACUUUCUUUGCCGUUUUGUAUUAUGUUCCUCAAUUCUUGCAGUUGGUGCAAGGCGAGAAGCCGAUGCAAUCAAGUUUACUCUUGCUACCUUUCUUGUGCCCAAUUGGCCAGAUAACGGCUCGGACAGGGAUAUACCGGCCCAUGGUCAUCCUGGGCUACGCUCUCUGGACUGUGGGUCAAGGUUUGCUGACCAUGGUCAACGAGCACACCUCCAAAGGCCUCAUUAUCGGAGCAUUACUGAUCUGUGGAUUGGCUUCAGGCUUCACCUUCCAGACGUCUUUGAUUGCUUGUCAGGCAGCAGUGCCCAGACACGACAUGGCAGUUGUCACGGGUGUCCGCAUGUUCGUCCGUCUCUUCGGCUCCACCAUCACGCUCGCUAUCUGUGCCACCAUCAUCAACAAUACUCUCCGGACCGCCCUGCAGCCUCUCAACCUGUCGAGUGACCAACUUUCCGCUAUUCUCAACGAUCCCACGAUCAUCAAUGCCAAUUCAUACUCCACAUCCACGAUACAGCUAAGUGACGCUGACCGAAGCGCUAUAGUUGCGGGAUAUUCGAAGGGGUUCACGCGGGUGUUCUAUCUUACGGUCGCGUAUACGAUCAUCGCAACGCUCGCUGCCGUCUUCCUCAUACAGCAGCACGAGUUGAAGAGGGCGGAUGACGAUGAAUUGAAGAAAGCAGCCGAGGAACUCCUGAGGCAGAAAAAGAUGCGGAAGUCGGGUAGUGGAGCCGGUAACAUCGAGGCGGAGAAAACCGGUGAAGGUCAGGCGUGUGCUAGCAGCGGUGCCAGCACUGUGGCUGGUGGCGAAUACGCAGAAGGAAACCGAUAUAGUCCUGCGGGCGAGGAAAUGAAAAAGUAG